AUAGCGAAGCAAAGCCAACGGAAGCAAAGUAAACAGGGCAUUGCCGUUUCUGGAGCUCCCCUACUGAACCGCCUCGAAAGCCUCCUCAUCACCAUUCCUCUUCCUCCCAUGGCGAACUCCUUUACUCCUCCUCCACCCCCACCGCCUCGCCCAUCCACACCGACGCCAAGGCAGCGCUUGUUCUUGUUGUUGUUGUUGUUGUUGGCUUCGCUUUGCUGCUAAGCUAGCUGGAGGAAGGAGGAGGAGGAGGAGGAGGCGGGAUGGGGCGCGGGAAGAUCGAGAUCAAGAGGAUCGAGAACUCCACCAACCGCCAGGUGACCUUCUCCAAGCGCAGGAGCGGGAUCCUCAAGAAGGCCCGCGAGAUCAGCGUCCUGUGCGACGCCGAGGUCGGCGUCGUCAUCUUCUCCAGCGCCGGCAAGCUCUACGACUACUGCUCCCCCAAGACCUCGCUAUCAAGAAUCUUGGAGAAGUACCAGACCAAUUCCGGAAAGAUACUGUGGGAUGAGAAGCACAAGAGCCUUAGCGCGGAGAUUGAUCGAAUCAAGAAAGAGAACGAUAAUAUGCAGAUUGAGCUCAGGCACUUGAAAGGUGAAGAUCUAAACUCUCUGCAGCCCAAAGAGCUCAUCAUGAUUGAGGAGGCACUUGACAAUGGGAUAGUGAACGUGAAUGAUAAACUGAUGGACCACUGGGAAAGGCACGUGAGAACUGAUAAGAUGCUGGAAGACGAGAACAAGCUGCUGGCUUUUAAACUGCAAGAUAUAGCGCUGAGCGGGAGCAUGAGGGAUCUUGAGCUUGGGUACCAUCCAGACAGGGACUUUGCGGCCCAGAUGCCGAUCACCUUCCGCGUGCAGCCCAGCCACCCCAACCUGCAGGAGAACAAUUAAGCUGCUAGGUUGCCCCGCCACUUCGAUCAGUUAUCUCAUCCACUGAUCCACCACUGGAUUGAAUGUCCUAGUGCAUUGUCAACUGUAUCCCUGUUUUCAUGUCUGUUUCGAUGAACUAUUGAGCAUGUCAUAUGUGAGUUGCUUUGUGUGCCAAUAUAUAGUCUGUCUCUAGUACAAGCUCUGUGCUUGCCAUUCUGCCUCGCUGUAGAUAGCACCAGCAAUGGAGCUAGCUCAGAUAUCAGUAACUUCGUGCAAGCUGCAAGGUAUGCUUGUGUUAUCACCGCAUUUGUCAGAUGGUGAAUAGUAGUUUGUGAUUGUAACAAACAAUUUAUGCAAGCUUGGUUUCAUGCUAA